AUGGAUGGUCGAGCGUCGCCUCGAUUAGAGGAGCCCGUAAACAAGAUCGAUAAGAGAAACGCUGUACCGAAAAUGAUGCAAAAUGGUGAUGUAAAGGGUGAUGGAAGAUUUAAGGUAACUGUAACUUCAUUUGUAACAGCAGUAGCUAAGGAAGUUUUGGCAAAUGUAAUCAGUACUCUUACAUCAGCAAUAAGCAUAUGCUGCAGUAAAGAUAUUCUAUGGAUUCAUCGUAUUCCUUUGUGUCGAACAGCUCGUUGCUUUGUAUCCCAUGUUACAUCACCAAGUUGCAUAUGGGUGAAGCCUGUGAAUCAUAUUACGGAAAAAUUACAGAUUCGAGACCUAAAUACAUUGACUCCAGCUCCAGUGGCACACGAAAACCGCUAUGUAAUGGCACCGCUUGAGGAAGGUGUUUAUGCUCGGGCUCGAAUUCGUGAAAUUGAUCAGCAAAUAAAAUUUGUGAAAGUAUUGUUCAUUGACGAAGGGACCACUGCUUGGAUGAGUUCUGCAUGCCUUGCAAAAAUGGACGAAAUGUUAUCUUUCCAUCCUUGGCAAGUAAUUCCAGUCGCAUUAUUUAAGGUGAAGCCAUAUCAGGACAUUGUCGUUGAUAAUGUGCAACCGAAAUGGUCGAAGGAGGAUACAGUAGUCUUGCGAGAAAUUCUUAGGAAAUUCGAAUUUGUUCGUGUAGAAGCAAUCCUUAAUAGCGUUCCCAGUAACGACUAUCGCGAUUUUGUAAAAGUUAAUAUGUAUGGGAUGGAGGCAGAAUCGGACGAAAUGGGUACUUCAAUCACUCAUUUGUUUGUCCGUGAACGUUUUGGUGAAGUUGAUUUUGAACGAGAUUUAUUUGACGGGAUCACACAAAAGAUAUUUGAAAGUUCUGCGGAUAAAGAAGUUCUGAUUGUGGAGAAUUUGGAAACUUGGCGACUUAAUUUUCCAAGCAAAAGCGAGACUGGAACCUUAGCAGAACAGUCCAUCGUGAAUGAGGCAACCAUAGAGAGAAUACAGAUUCCGGUAGCAGACAUUAAUUGGUUGAAUGAGGAAGGAUAUCAUCACAAGGGAGAAUAUUUGGUCAAUAUCGAGGGAAGGAAUACUAUUUCACCCUACGAAUUUUACGCUCGUCCACUGAAAAUGAGAAGAUUAAGGGAAGCAUCACAAGGUGAUACAGGUGGAGAAGGAUAUGACGGUAACAGUGCAACGGAUGAAGAAGAUGCAAUGAUUUCAGCAAAUGAUGAACUUGCUACUUUUGCUGAGGAGUUAAAUUCAUUCUAUGGUCAUCCCAAAAACAGAAAGCUUAUCAAUUCAUCUCAAGUAGUUGCUGACUUGGAGAAGGGACAACGUAUAUAUGGCAUUGCGGAAGUAAACGAUGAAUUUGCUCAAUUUACUGGUUGUUGGCAAAGAGUUGAGAUAUUGGGUAUUAAGGAUGGUUAUUAUUCUGGAAGUUUUUUUUGCCGCAUACGAUUUCUUGAUUCUGGUGGAACUGAUGUCCGUUUGUUGUCCAGUAUCCUUGAAAUAAAUCCAAUGGAACUCCGUGAAGAUGUUCCUAUUGCUCUGAAUAUUGUGGGUUGUAACAAAAAUGGGAGCAACCAUUUAUAUGAUUGUGAGCCAUUUCAAAGACCAGGCGUACUGUUUGUGAAUUUCAUUCAGGUGCGCGACGGUUCUGUUACAACGUUGGAUGAUAGACUUCAAAAGGAAGGACACGCAAUAAUUGCCUAUCACAGUCCGGUAAAGCUAAUAGAAUGA